AUGGGACAUUUUCAGCCGGUACUUCCUUUAUUUAAAACAAAUUUAUCAAGACGACGUGCUCGCACAUGGCAAAUUCUUGGUCUUGUUGUAUUUAUUUUUCUUGGUUUGACAUUAAUUGCUGUUCGAUAUUUACCAACGGUUGUCACCGAUCCAGUAUCAUCAGUACUUAAAAAUCGUGAUUUUAAAGAUAUAUUUGUUCCGCCAAUUCCUCGUCCACCAGUAAAUUGGCCUAAUCACGAUCAUGAUCAUUCCUUACAUUUAUCUGGUGAUCAAUCAAGAUUACGAGAAAAAAUUCAUCAAAAUAAAUUAGAUUUAAUAAAUUUGGAUGAAAAUAAUAAUGACAAUUCAAAGAAAAUUAUUGAAAAACCAGAACUAAAUGUGAUAUCAUCUCCGAAAAAUAUUUUACCUGUAGAAAAUUUAACAAAAAUAUUUCAACAUAUGUCUAUUGAUGAACUUGAGAAAAUUCAAUCGGCUGAAAUGCGUCGAGAAAAAGUUCGAGAGGCAGAUAAAUAUGAAUACAAUCAAUCCAGCAAAGGUACACGAGCAGGAUAUGGCCCACCAGCAUUAGCAGGUACGCCACCAUCGCCUUAUUUUGAUGCUUAUGGGCAAGUUGCUCCACAAGGUAAAAUGGGUAAAUAUGGUAAAUAUUCUGGUCCAAAUAAAAGUCUUUAUGGUGCUGAUCCAAUGCAACAAGCAAUGUUAUUACCACCUCAAUCACCAGCUGCAAUGCAAGCUCAAGCAGCUGCUAUGCUUCAAAUGCAACAAUAUAUGCAAGGACAAGGUGCUGGUGCACAAUUUGCUGGUAUUCUUCCACCAAUACAAAUGCCAUUCAGUGCAGCUCAACAAGCUGGAUUAUUACCAGCACAAGUUCAACCAUACUUUGGUUUUGGUGGUCAACAAAUGGGAACACCAUAUUUUGAUCCAAAUACUGGAGCAUUUCAACAACAACAACAACAACAACCAGGUGCUUUUGCUCCUUAUCAACAACCAAACUUUUAUGAUCCAUCAACAGCAGCUAUGUAUGCUGGCCCUUAUGGUUAUAUGCCAGCUGCUUUUUAG